UCAAACACUCAAAUCUUUGAGUUGAAACCUUUAUAGGCUUUUUAUUGUACUAAGAUUCUUGUGGGCACAAGAGUAAGAGUUCCAAAUAUGAAGACUCCUUCUUUCCAAGGGGCACUUCUGGCCCUCUGGCUCUGCCUGUUUGCUGUGAGCUUCUGCCAUGCCUCUUCAGAAGAGUCCAAAACGCCAGAGGCUGCAGGCAUCAAAGAGGAAAAGUCAUUCUUUUCACCUGUUCCAAUUUACAAACAUGUUCCAAUUUAUAAACCUGUUCCAAUUUACAAACCUAUUCCAAUUUAUAAACAUGUUCCAAUUUACAAACCUGUUCCAAUUUACAAACCUGUUCCUCAUCCAGUUCCAGUUUACAAACCUGUUCCAAUUUACAAGCCUGUUCCUCAUCCAGUUCCAGUUUACAAACCUGUUCCAAUUUACAAGCCUGUUCCAAUUUACAAGCCUGUUCCUCAUCCAGUUCCAGUUUACAAACCUGUUCCAAUUUACAAGCCUGUUCCAAUUUACAAGCCUGUUCCUCAUCCAGUUCCAGUUUACAAACCUGUCCCAAUUUACAAGCCGGUUCCUCAUCCAGUUCCGAUCUACAAGCCGGUUCCUCAUCCCAUUCCGGUCUUCAAGAAGCCAUAGUUUCAUGACCACCCCAUCUUUAAGAAGCCACUGCCCCCAUAUUUCUCACACCCUCAUAAGACAUUUACUCCCUUUGCUCCCUAGAUUCAUUAUCCCACAUUUUCCUUUCCUAGGUAGUAAUAUUGCAAUAAAAAGACUUUCAUAUGGUUGAAAGGAGAACAUGGUGUGAAAUAGGUGGAAAGGAGAAAAAAAAAAAAAAAAAAGAAAGAAUUGUUGUUGUUAACUGAGAGGUUAUUUUUAAUGUGUGAUGAUUUGUGUUGAUGUUUAUGUGGAAUGGAAACUUCUGUAUGAAAUGGAUUCUAUGGAACUAUGUAUUACAAUAUUUUCUA